AUGGGUAUUCGUGCGGUAAUAAGCGAUUUCGAUGGCACUAUUCUAGCGCCACAAGGAAUACCCUCAUCGUUUUGGAGUGCCAAGAAAACCUUGGAAAAUGCCGGUAUACCGGUGUACGUUGCAACCGGAAGGCCGGUGGAGUCAUUAAUUUCGACUUUGAGUGCUUAUAGUGGCGACUUGAAGCCGUAUCCCGGGGUUUUCUGUGACGGUUCUGUACUGAAAGAUCGUGAUAACCAGUCGAUUUUGCUUUCAACUUUCGACCUCGAAGUAUGCAGUGUAAUAUAUGAGUAUUUGCGAUUGCUCAAGAAAGCGGGAAUAAGAAUCAAUAUUGGAAUUCAAGGCCUGUCUCAAUUCUAUUCAGAUACCACGGAUUUGGACAUUGGUCGUCGUGAGCAGCUUGUCUAUAACAGUUUGACGGUAGUAGAUUCUGUGGAUGAGAUACGCAAACGAUAUAAUGAUCAAAUCCUGGCGUUCGCAAUUUCCUCCGAUUCAGCUGAUGCUCUUGUUUGUGUUCAGCAAUUGGUUCGAACUGCAUUUCCACGGUGCCCGGCAUUUGUAGGAGGAACGUCCAAUGUGUUGAUACUAUCAAACGGAUGUACUAAAGCCCAAGGUGUGCGCGCACUCUGUAAUUUGCUCAAAUACAAAGAAGCGGAGGUUCUAGUGAUUGGCGACGGAGACAAUGACCUUGAGAUGCUCGCUCAAUUUCCUCAUUCGAUAGCCAUGGGUAACGCUUCCCCAGAAGUCAGAAAGGCUGCCAAGGUGGUGGCCCCCAACGUAGACGACGAUGGCUGGGCCCUCAGUGUCCUGCAGUACAUUGCGGCUGCAGAUGAAAGGACAACUGUAGCCUCCUCGUCAGUUUCGGAUGACGAACCAACCGUCACUAUCUGA